GUCCUCCACAGCCCUCCUCCUUCCCACGAAGUUUGACGUCCUCCACAGUCCUUCUUCUCCAGGAGGUUUGGCGUCCUCUACAGCCCUCCCCUCCUCCGGAUUUGGCGUCCUCCACAGCCCUCCCCCUCCCCACGUAGUUUGGCGUCCGCUACAGCCCUCCUCCUCCUCCCCCUCCCCGCGCCAUUUGACGUCGUCCACAGCCCUCCUCCUUCCUACGAAGUUUGACGUCCUUCUUCUCCAGGAGGUGAUGAGGUUGUCCCACGGGGGGGCUCCCGGCGUUCAUCCCCGUUCUCUCCCUGCUGCGGCCUCGUGCUUCCCAGGCGCUCAGUACAGCGCCGCGCACCCGGUAAGCGCUCAGCACGUGCGACGGAACGACCUCUCCAGACGCGGGCCUCACCCGUCCUUCGCCCCCGCAGCCGGACGUCGCCCGGCGGGCGGACCGUACUGAGCGCCCACCGUCCGCGCACACGCAGCGGAUGGCCGGGGAGUGUGAGAGCCGCCCCCGGGGCCCCGUGGACUUCAUCGAGGAGGCGUCGGCGCUGGGGUACGGCGACUUCUUCGGGGGCUACGUCCUCCCCAACGUCCCCUGCCUCCUGUCGGCCGCCUUCACGGCCGGCUGGGGCGGCCGGGCCCGCUGGGUCGCGCCCGCCGGCGGCCCGGACUUCGCCUACCUGCGGCGGCGAUUCGGGGAGGCCGUGGUCCCCGUGGUUCGCUGCGACGCCUGGGAGCGCGACGCCAACCCCAAGGAGGCCAUGCCGCUGCGGGACUACCUGGACUACUGGAUGGACCACAUCCGGAGCGGGUACGCCUCCCCCCGGGGCUGCCUCUACCUCAAGGACUGGCACAUGGCGAGGAGCUUCCCCGAGCACGACGCUUACACCACCCCCGUCUACUUCUCGUCCGACUGGCUGAACGAGUACUUGGACGCCUGCGGGGCCGACGACUAUCGCUUCGUCUACAUGGGACCCCGGGGGUCCUGGACGCCCUUCCACGCGGACGUGUUCCACUCGUACAGCUGGUCCGCCAACGUCUGCGGGAGGAAGCGGUGGCUGCUGUUUCCGCCGGGGCAGGAGGACUUCCUGCGCGAUCGCCACGGCAACCUGCCCUCCGACGUACUGGACGCCCCCGGCGCCCCGCCCCCCGGCCCCCGCGGUGCCCGGCCCCGGCCCCUGGAGGUGAUCCAGGAGGCCGGCGAGAUCCUCUUCGUCCCCAGCGGCUGGCACCACCAGGACGACACCAUCUCCAUCAACCACAACUGGGUCAACGGGGGCAACGUGGGGGCCAUGUGGCGUUUCCUCCAGGCCCAGCUGGGGGCCGUCCAGCGCGAGGUGGCCCAGUGGCGGGAUGUGAUGGACGACUGGCCGGGGCACUGCCAGCUGAUGCUGAAGGCCUGCGCGGGCAUCGACUACCCCGACUUCUACCGCUUCCUGCGGGCCGUGGCAGAGUCCCGGCUGGCCCCCGGCCCGCGCCACGCGGCCUUCGACCGGGGCCGCCUGGUCGCCGUGCUGGCCUCGCUGCUGGCCGACGAGGACUUCCUGGAGGCGGAGGCGCGGCUGGGCGGGCUCCCGCCGGGCCCCCGGGAGCUGCUGGCCCGGCUGACCGCCGCCGGCCCCGGGUGCGAGGACCGAGACCACGAUGCCGACAAGCCUGCCCGGCCGCUUGGCGCGGCGCUCUGCUCACGGUGAGGUCACUGAGGCCCAGAGAAGUGACUCGCCCAAAGGCAC